CCGGUAGCAGAGUGCUGCGGGGGACGGUGUUGCGCGCGGACGGCGGGGGAGCGCGUGUGGUGGGAAGGAAAUUUUAAGGUUGAAUACAGCUGUGAUGCACAUCUGUUUGAUGAAGAAGGUGUCGCUUUUUUGUAGUCACUUUGCAAAAUUAGCUGGAUUGAAAAAUAAGAAAAAAUAUGACAGAAGAAGCAAGGGCAGAUGAUUUUCAAGUUCAGGAUUUUCUCAAGAAGAAGAAGAAGAAGAAGAAGAAGAGAAAUGAUGAAGAAUACAAUAAGAAACAUGAAAAUGAUGAGGGAGAGAGCACAGAAAAUGCAGAGCUUAGCCGUGCUUCUCCACUGCUGUUUGAAGACCAAGCAGCACAGAGUGGUGAAGGCUGUAAAAAGAAGAAAAAACCAAAAAACAAGGGGGAGCAGCAACAGUCUUUGUUAGAUAAUUCUUGUGUAGGACUGGAACAUGACAUUAGUAAUGCGACUGGAGUGGAUGCUUCACAAAAGAAAAAGAAAAAAAAGAAGCGGAAGUAUAAUGAUAGUACAGAUGAACAAAGUGAUGUAACUUGUGUCACAGUAAAUCCGCAUAGCACUGAUAGUUGUGAGGAGAUGGAUGCUGAUUAUGUUUAUUUGAAACAAGCUGUUAAGAAGAAAAGAAAAGAAAAGUUGCCUGAAGAGGACGAGGUAUGUGACCUGCCUGCCUCAGAAACACACGAUAACAAUGACCAUCAAAAACCAAAAAAGAAGAAGAAGAAGAAGAAAAGAGGCUGCAGUACUCAAGAUAUGCAAGAAGACACAGAUGUAACCGUUGACCAGUCACUGUUGUCAUCACCAGAGCAGAAGAGGCAAGGGGAAGACACAGUGUUGCCUUUACCUACAGAAGAGGGUGGUGUGGCAACGCCCCAGCAAUGGCAUGAAGAUGGUGACUGUGAUGCUUCUCCUGCCAUGAGUGAAGAUUCUAUGCCUUUACCUGCUAAUUUUUCUAAGCUGACUAAAGCAGCUGAUCGAUCUCAAAAAACUCCAGUGCAUGCUAGAAAGGCGAAAAAAAGCAGCGCUUUUGUCAGGGAAGAAAGCUCGUCAGAAUCUGAUGUAAUGACACCAGAACCCUCGGCACCAAAUAGAAAGAAGGACCAGAAUAAUUCCUUUACUGAAAUGGCAGCCUCAGAUGAGCUUAGUCUGGAUGAUGAAGAGUGCCUGGACUUUACCUUGUGUUCAGCUGUGGAUUUGGAUACUGCAAGACAAGAAUUGGAAGAGUUUAUUCCUCAUGUGAGGAAUAUAUCUGACAGUUCAAUCAGGAAGAUGGCUGGAAGAGACCUAGUGAGGUUUAAAGAGUUUAAAAAACAAGGUAUUGCUGUCAAGUUUGGCAGAUUUUCCCAGAAGGAAAAUAAUCAAAUCCGGAAAAAUGUUGAAGAGUUCUUAUCAAUUACUGGAAUAGACAGUGCUGAAAAACUCCUGUUUACCUCAAGGUAUCCAGAAGAUAAAGAAACUAUUAGUCGUCUAAAAGCAGAACAUCUUUUUUGUGAAAAACUUUCUGAGGGCAUACCACGACCCUGGAGGCUGAUAUAUUAUCGAGCAAGGAAGAUGUUUGACCCAAAUAAUUACAAAGGGAGGUAUACUAAGGAAGAAAAAGAAAAAUUAAAGAAGUAUCAUGCUAUGCAUGGCAAUGAUUGGAAGAAGAUUUCCGAGAUGAUGUCCCGUUCUAACCUCUCAGUUGCUAUGAAAUACUCCGAAAUCAAGUCGGCUAUUAAUUAUGGUCCUUGGUCAAAGGAAGAGACCCAGAAGUUAAUGCAUGCAGUGGAGGAGGUGAUUAGGAAAAGAAUGGAAAUGGAAGAUGCAAAUUCGCUUUCCUCAUUGGAAAAGUCAAACAGAGAUCUCUCAAUUGACCGUGAGAAACUGUACCAGAGAUUACCAUGGACUGAGAUUGAAGCUAAAGUGGGAACACGAUAUUGGAGACAAUGUAAACAGAAAUGGACUACAAUUUUAACAAAGAAGAUGACUGAAGGGCAGCAGUUAUAUAGGGGGACCAAAAGAUUAGAGGCCAAGAUCAAUCUUAUUAAAAGGUUGUAUGAAAUGAAAGUGGAGGAUGCUAAUGAAGUAAACUGGGAAGAACUCAGUAAUACUAUUGGAGAUGUCCCUAGAGCCUAUGUUCAAGCAAAAUUUUACAAGCUAAAAGUCUCCUGUGUCCCUUCUUGGCAAAAAAAGACUUUUUCUGAAAUUGUUGAUUAUCUUUUUGAAAAGAAAGUUCCAGAACUUGAACAACAGUUGAAAAAAAAGAAGGGGAAACACCUUAGUUCUGACAAUUCAGCAGCCAGGCAACAGAAGAAGGCUUUCCGACUCAGUGACAUUUUUGACUCCAGUGAACAGAGUGAUUAAUUGACUGCCCUAAAACCAAUUCCUGGUCUGCAUAUUUAACUGCAAAAUGGAUCUGGCUGAAAGUGGGCACAGAUCAACAACUGCAGGUACACAAGCUAUCUAAUAAUGGAAAAAGUAAGGAUACGCAUGUCUUAUUUUCUUGUUUCAUAUUGAAGACUGAGGUAAAUACAGGUGUUUGGGCCACCUUUUAUUUUAGCUCUGGUUUUAGCAGUCUUCAUUUAAGCAUUCAAGUUGCUUUCUGAAUGUCUUAAAAAUAGUAUUUUUUCCACUGCUUUGUUUUCUGUGGAGUUGAAAGCUGCUGUUUACCCUUUGUGCAUGAACUUGGUUUUCAGAACUUUAAUGAAUUUUAAAUAAUUUAAAAAAAUAAAUUAAUGGAAUUGAGUAAAGGCUUUCAAUUUGCUUUUAAAUCUCUGUAAUAGACAAAUCUGAAGACAUCUGGGUUGAUGGAAACAGCACAGCUUUUCUUCUUUCUUGUUCUUAAAAGCAACAGAUUUUUAUUUUUGACAUAUACUUUUAUCAGCACUUGUAGAGAAAAGGGAUUUUUGUCCAUUACUAUUCAUAAAUUGUAAUGUCAUUUCAUGCUAACCAGAACAAUGCAUUUAAAAUGUUUUUGUUAAUAUUUGGAAUACAGAGACAAAAUACAGUGUAUAUAUAUAUACAUACAUAUAUAUAUUUUUUUUUAUUGUGCCAAGGAGACUGUCUACGUUUUAAUAAGAAAAUUGAGGGGUAAGACAGAGGUUGUAUUCAUGUCUUUGUAUGAUAUUUUUAACUAUCUGCCUGGAGUGAUUAUUUGUAAAUUGACCGAGUGAAUGUAAAAAAAAAAAAAAAUUUAUCUUUGUGUGUAAAGUAUUUGUGUGGCUUGUUUAUAUUUCCUAUAUGUUGUA